AUGAGUACCGAGCAAGAAAGCCGCGAGGGACCCCAGUCUGUAAAGGGCCCCCGCAUUAACAAGGGCCUGGUAAUAGUCAAUACCGGCAAUGGCAAAGGCAAGACCACCGCCGCCAUGGGCGUAUUGUUCCGAGCCUGGGGCCGGGACAUGCGGGUGAUCAUGCUCCAGUUCAUCAAGCACACGACCGCCAACUUUGGUGAACAAAGAGCCGCCCAGAAGAUCGGCGUGAGCAUGCGGGCUAUGGGUGACGGCUUUACGUGGCGUUCGAGGGACCUGGACCAAAGCGCCGACCUGGCCCGCGCCCUUUGGGAGGACGCCAAAGAAAUCAUUGCUUCCGAGGAGCAUGACCUGGUUGUCCUUGACGAAUUUACCUAUACCAUGCACUACGGGUGGAUUCCCACGGAAGAGGUUAUAGAGACGCUAAAGAACCGGCCAGAAAUGAUGCACGUCAUCAUCACCGGCCGACACGCUCCGGAAGCCUUGGUCGAAUAUGCUGACCUGGUAACCGAAAUGAACGUGGUGAAGCACCCUUAUCAGAGCGGCAUUAAGGCCCAACCCGGAAUCGAGUUCUAG